AUGGCGGCGCUCGGCCGGCCGUUUAGCGGCCUUCCCCUGAGCGGUGGCUCGGACUUCCUGCAGCCGCCGCCGGCCUUCGCCGGUCGGGCCUUCCCGCCGGGGACGGAGGGCGCCGAGCUGGUCCCGCGGCCGGGACUUCGCGCCACCCCGAGCAGCUCAGGCGGGAGCGCGGCGCGCGGACGUAUUUCAGCUCACUCUAGAAAGAAACACAAGCGAGAGGAGGAGGAGGAGGAUUGUCCAGUAAGAAAGAAAAGGCUAACUGAAGCAGGGCUCUGUGCUGGUCCUAAUGACUGGAUUCUUUGUGCACUUCAGGAUACAGAGGGUCAUGGAGUAAAUCCGUGCACUGGUGGCCUUUCUGCACCUGGCCUGUUAGAUGUUAUUUGUGAAGAGAUGGAUCAGACAACGGGGGAACCACAGUGUGAAGUUGCCCGAAGGAGGCUUCAGGAAAUUGAGGACAGAAUAAUUGACGAAGAUGAAGAAGUUGAAGCUGACAGAAAUAUUAAUCGUCUCCCCAGCCUUGUCCUUUCUGAUACCAUGAAAACAGGUUUAAAGAGGGAAUUUGAUGAAAUCUUUACAAAGAAAAUGAUUGAGUCCAUGAGCCGUCCUUCCAUGGGGCUUGUGCUCUGGAAACCUCUCCCUGGACUCCUUUCUGAUAAGCCAAAGCCGUCAUCUGAUGCUAAGAACUACCCAGGAGAGAGCCCAACUAAGCACGCAGCUGCUGGCACUGCGUUUCCUCAGAGAACUGAACUGUUCUUGGAACCUCGGCCAACAGGGUUGCCUGUUCACAAUAGUUUGGAGACAGCUGCUUGCACAGAAGAGGAGAUGGAACUCUAGAAACCAGUUUCUACACUAAAGUUGUCAUGUUGCAGAGGCUUAUGUGUUCAGUCAUGAGCCUGCUUGUACAGUAUAGGGACUUGAAAGUUUUGAAACGGGUGUAAUACCUCCACCUGUGAUUUGGGGUGGGACUCUGAUUUUGGGUAGCCAUUUCUUGAAAUUCAACUUCUUGCCAAGGAAACUGGUCUCAAGGGAAAAGCAGUUUUCUAGGGGGCUUAUUAAAGCAAUGUGAGAGUACAUUCUGCAGAGUCAAGUAUAGAAGCUGUAUGUGACUUUUAAGUCAUCUGUCACAUUGUCUCAGUCAUUCAGAUACUUGGAGAAUAUUCAGACACUUGGGUUGAAAAAGAUGCAUUAAAAAAAAAGAGUGCUCUCCCUACUACAAGUGUGCCCUGACGGUUGAGCCACAAUUUCAUCUUCAGAUAAAUGAGCUCUGUUUAUAAUGGUGACUAGAUAUUACUGGGGAAGAGGAAGAUGACAGUAGCUUAGGCCUAUUGCUGGGGAAUUUAA